UCACAUUCGUCUGUUGGCGUCAGAAAACAAACAAAAGCAUUAAAAUCUCGGACCUCCUCCUGAGGUCUAAAUUACACAAUUAAUUCAAGUGUGCGUGUGUUAUCACUGAUUAUAGUUGAAGAAAAUUGCAUUGAAAUCGUUCAAGUAAUUGGUUUGGUAAUAGUUCCAUGUUUGAUUAGAAAUCAUAAUUACUACCCCUUUGAGUAUACAACUCAAAAUACAUUAAAUCGUGGCAGCUGUGGCAUUAGUGAGCGGAAGUUUGUAUCGAACUAUCGAGUAGUAGCUGACAAAACCGAUCAUAUAUUUUUUUAAUUAAUUAUUGUCAAGUCAAAAUGGAUUUUUCUGUAAAUGCUAGAAUGGCUGAAUAUUAUGAGAAGUUUAUUGAAUUACAAGAAAAAUUAAGGAAAAGCGAGGAAGAAAGACUGAAAUUGGAAAUGAAGUUCAAUGAGAUGGUACAAAAGUCUCGAGAAGAGGAACAAGUGUAUUACAGAAGACUACGAUCGCAGUACAAGAAAUUUUUAGAAGAAGACCGUAAGCGACAAGAACGCAAUGAAAAAAUAGUAAGAACCCUGGAACGGAUAGAAACUCGCAUCGAUAUGCUGACAUCGAAAACAGAACGCAUUAAAAAUCUAAGAAAACAUUACCACAACUAUUUGCAAAGGGUUUCCGGCCAACAAGUCCCGCCAAAAGUUGUAAUAAAUACUCCACAAUAUAGUACAAUACCAAAAAACACAACUACAUGCAACGAAGAUGUUUUUCCUACAAAUAAUAAUUGCGAGGAUGAGCAGAAACUUAACGACGAAAAAAUGGAAAUUCUUGAUAGAUAUUUACAAAGUAUUUCAUCCCAAAAAUGCAGGGAUCUGCUAGAAAAACGAAAAAUGGAAAAUGCCGAACUUGAUAAAUUGGAAGUAUUAAAACACAAAUUAGAAUACGGUUUUGAUUCCAAUAAAGCUCAAUCCAUAGCAGAGGAUAUCAUGAAUUCAAUAUAUAGUAGACAUUAUAACAAAGAUCCAAACCAAGGCGACCGACAAACUAGUAGAAAGGCAAAUGUGAAAUUUUCUUGUGAUGUAGACGAUGAUAACAAAUCAGAUAUUAGUGACCUGACUCAAAGUAAAGAUGGUACCGAGUGUAUAACACAAAAUACUAAAUCCGAUACAGUACCGAGCAAUGGAGAUAAGGACGCCAACAAGCAAGAAAAACGUGUAUUUGUAGAGAAUGAGCAGGAAAUACAGCUCCAACCUAUAUCUAAAGAAAAUAAAGGCUUUCAUAAUAUUUCGAAUUACGAAAAUGGUACAAAACAGGAAAAUAAUCUACAAGAAAAUUAUAAUCAAGAUACAAAUAAUACCAGACUUAACGAAAUUGAAUCAAAACCCGAGUGUCUUUCCAACAAUUUAUCCAUUACGAAUGAAACUGAUGAGUUUGUUGAGGUUAAAAAAAUUGACAGCAGUUUUAUCAAUAAUCAGCAGGAAAAUGACGAUGAGGAUGAUAAGGAAAACAUGUAUGAUAAAGAUCAUUCAGAAAAUAAACAGACUGUAUUUGAACCAAGUCUUGCUGAUAAUCAGUCAUGUAAUGAAGACAAUGUCUCGUCUGUUGAUAUAUCUAAAGAUAUCUUACCAAGCGAGCUUCCAGUUCAGGAAAAUGUAGAACAAAACCCUGAUUUAUCUGAAAGUACACAAUCUGCUCAGCAACAACAUGAGCCCAAUUCAACUGCUUUAGAAACUCAGGCUAAAGGUGAAUGUAACUACGACUCACAAGCACAAUAUAGUGAGGAUGGUCAACCCCUGCCGUAUGAAUCAAAUGACCAAGAUAUUCAAUAUGAUCAAAAUGGUCAACCUCUUCAGUAUGACGAAAAUGGCCAGAUUGUUCAAUACAGUCCUAAUGGAGUAUCUUACGAUGAAAAUGGACAGCCUAUUCAAUAUGACGAAAACGGACAACCCCUUCCAUAUAAUGAAAACGGGCAAGAUUUACAUUAUGACGGACAAAGUCAACCGAUACAAUAUGACCAACAAGGCCAGCCAAUACAGUAUGACCAAGAAGGCCAACCAAUACAAUAUAAUCAACCAGUUGAACCAAUAGAGUACGACGAAAAUAAUCAACCAGUUCAAUACGACGAAAAUGGUCAACCCAUCCAGUAUGAUUCAACGGGACAAGCAAUUCAAUAUGAUGAAAACGGACAACCGAUUCAGUACGAUCCUAAUACGCAGCCUAUACAAUACGACGAAAAUGGUCAACCCAUCCAAUAUGAUUCAACGGGACAACCAAUCCAAUACGAUGAAAACGGACAACCGAUUCAGUACGAUCCUGAUAUGCAGCCUGUGCAAUACGAUGAAAACGGUCAACCAAUACCUAGCACUCAAUUGGACGAAAAUGGUCAACCAAUUUACUAUGACCAGUCGGGCCAGCCAAUCGCGUAUGACGAAAAUGGUCAAAUCAUUCAGUAUGAUGAAAACGGCCAGCCUGUCCAGUACGAUGAAAACGGUCAACCUGUCCAGUACGACGAAAACGGACAGCCAGUUUAUCAGUAUCCUCAGUAUGACGAAACGGGCCAAGUACUUCAGCAAUAUGAUGACAAUGGGCAGCCUCUUCAGUACAACGAACAAGGACAGUAUGAUGAAAACGGCCAAGCAGUAUCCAAUUAUCCUGCCGAAAAUCCGACAGAGCAAAAUAAGGAAGACAAAACCUUCGGAGAGGUGGUACUACCGGAAAAUGUGGACAAUACAUUAGAAGACAAAGAUGCUGCAACUGUUAAUCAGACCGGUAAAAGUAAAGUUUUAGAAAUGCUCGAUACUGAUACGGAGAGUUUGCAAAAUGUUAGUAAAGUGUCUGAUAGUGAUUUCAGCAUCAGUCAGUAGUUUAUUCCAAUAAAUAUUACAUAAUUGGUUUCAUGUUGUUCUGAAACUAUUUUCUUGUGGAAUUUUUGCAAUUAACUAGUUUUGAUGGGAAAUAAGCCACAAUUUUACUAAAAAAAUGAUUUUAUUAACUGUUGAAUGGGUUGCAUGUGAGAGUUCAUUUUAAAUGAAGUAAAAGACAGACGUACUCUCAAUCAUUUAUUGUAACUUCCGACGACCGGUUUCGCUCUCUAAACUAUGCAGAGCAUCUUCAGGUCAACGGUUACAAGUCACUAAAUGCUACAAAUAAAAAACCAGAGUUAGAACAAUGUCUGGUUGUAAAAGAUGCUAAAGAUGCAUAAGAUCAAGCCAAUGUUGAACAACAUACAUAAAAGUAGUGAAAAUAGCAGACAAAUACAUAUGCAUGUAAAAACGGGGGCGGUAACAAACGUCCCCAAGCUUACAAACACAUACAGAUGUAUAUCGUCUAUAAUCAUGCAAUUAUAACGUGUCAUACUUACAUUCGGAUACAAGGAGCUACUACCUCAGUAUUCAUUAACAUGAUGUUAUUGCUUAACCCAUUUAGCGCCAAAGGUGCGAAAACGCACCAUUUUUUUGUAGAAUUUUUUUUUGACAAUUCGUUAAUUUUUUUUAAAUCUUUGUAUUUUUUAAGCAACCAGAAGAUAUAAGUGUAACUAAAUUUAAUUCUUUUUAAUUUCCAAACUCAUGCUUUCAUCACAAAAAUAUUUUCUAAAUGUCCGACAUUUUCAAUCCUUCGACACAACUUUAUUUUUACUGUAGUAAUUUUAUUGGCAUAACACUUUUGUGGUCAAAUAAAUUAAAACAUUAUUUUUUUUAACCUAUUUGUACACCAAUUGUUAUAAAAAUACAAAAAAAAUUUCUGAGUCCUCAAAUCUCGUGUUUGAAAAUAAUGGUUCGAUAACGAACCAUUGGCGGAAGUCGACAUAUAAUCCUGUCUGAUCAGGAAUGAGUUCAAGGAAAUGCAGAGGCAGUAAUUUGUUGGGAUAUUUCUUUAUUAUGUGUAAAAACACGUAUUCACUAUGCUUGCGCUCCGAGCUCCUGCAACUGCUCCACAUAGUGGACACGUUUGGCGCUCCCGGACUGUGCAAUUGUGCGCACUCUGCCUCGGCGCUCCAAUCUGUGGCGGUUUAUAUGUAAGGGAGCGCAUACCGAAUCGAUUGGAGCAGUUGCAGGGAGCGCGGAGCGCAAGAAGUUCGUGAACAUAGUGGAUGGUUGGCGCUCUCGGGCCAUGCAACAGUGUGCGCUCCGCCUCAAUGGUCCAAUAGGUGGUGGUUUAUAUGUAGAGGAGCGCAUGCAUGUAGAUGGAAGCUGUUGCAGAGAGCGCAAGAGGUUUGUGAACAUAGUGGAUGGUUGGCGCUCCCGGACCGUGCAAAAAAGCGCGCUUCGCCUCGGCGGUCCAAUAAGUGGCGGUUUAUAUAUAGAGGAGCGCAUACCGUAUCGAUGGGAGCAGUUGCAGGGAGCGCGGAGCGCAAGAGGUUUGUAAACAUAGUGAAUGGUAGGCACUCCCGGACCGUGCAACAGUGCGCGCUCCGCCUUGGCGUUCCAAUUUGUGUCAGUUUAUAUGUAGAGGAGCGCAUACCGUAUCGAUUGGAGCAGUUGCAGGGAACGCGGAGUGCAAGAGGUUCGUGAACAUUGUGGAUGGUUGGCGCUCCCGGACCGUGCAACAGUGCGCCAACGACUGUGCGGCAGUGCCACGGUGGUCCAGUAUUACGAACGUAGUGGAUAUGUACCUUUAGAAAGACGGGUAUUCUGGUAUUCAGUUUUGUUAUAAUCUAAGGUGGGGGUGUAGGGGGGAGAGGGCUACAUAAGGAAGGUUGUGUAGUGUUGUAGACAAUAUGUCGAUUUGUCGAAUUUAUGCAACUGGCACAGUGCAAGAUACAGGAUUAGAAAGUGUAAACUGGAAAUAUCUAAAAUAAUUUCUAAAAAAGAUAAAGGGCCGUUCGACUUCGUUUUUGAGAAAGAAGCUGGACAAGGUGUAGGCAAUGUUCUAACCAUACUAUUUUUGUUCACUUAUCAAAACUUCCAGGUCCAUUUACACUCUAAAUGUUUUGAGACUUUUCACAAAAAAUAAAAUUGUGUAUUUAAAUUUUUAUACCUCAUUUCCGCCAAAGGUUCGAAAACGAACCAUUUUGUUGUUGUGAAACCUGCCAUUAUCAAAGUGUAAAACAAUUUUUUUACGAAUGUUUAAGUUUAUUUUACUCUAAUAACUCAAAUAUAUUACAUAUUAUCGCAGUAUUUCUUUGCUUGGCGGUUAAUGGGUUAACUUAAUGAUACUACUACCUCAUGAUAGUAUUCAUUAACAUGAUGUUAUUGCUUAAGUUAAGCAAUAACAUCAUGUUAAUGAAUACUGAGGUAGUAGCUCCUUGUAUCCCAAUGUAAGUAUGACACGUUAUAAUUGCAUGAUUAUAGACGAUAUACAUCUGCAUGUGUUUGUAAGCUUGGGGACGUUUGUUACCGCCCCCUUUUUUACAUGCAUAUGUAUUUGUCUGCUAUUUUCACUACUUUUAUGUAUUCUAACUCUGGUUUUUUAUUUGUAGCAUUUAGUGACUUGUAACCGUUGACCUGAAGAUGCUCUGCAUAGUUUAGAGAGCGAAACCGGUCGUCGGAAGUUACAAUAAAUGAUUGAGAGUAUUCUUUUUCUCAUGAUCAUCUUUCAGUGCGUCACAGUUUUUCGAUUUUUUUCUAACACAUUAAAUUGUAUGUGACAGAAAAAAGGCACGUCCGUGAUUACAGACAUUUACAACAUUUAUUCUAGUUAUUCUAGUUGUCGAUAGAUGGCGCCACAAUAAAAAAAAUAUUUUUUUAAUUAGAUAAUAAUAUUACAAAUAUAAUCUGUAUAAUUUAUAAGACUAUACAAAUCAAAGAAAAUACCAUUUUAUAAAUGCAAGAAACACAUUUGAUUUGUUUUUAUUCCAAAUUGAAAAUAAAAUGUGACAACUGUCAGAUUUAACUAAAAUGUCAUGUUAGAAUAAAUGUCAUAAAUGUGUAUUAUCACGGACCUACCCUUUUUCCGAUCAUUUGUUACGCACUGAAAAAUGCUCAUGAAAAGGACAAUACGUCUGUCUUUUACUUCAUUUUCAUGAUUUUAUUAACCUUUCUGCGCCCAAAUCGGGUGUCGUUGUCAAAGUACAAAAAAUAUUAAUGAAUUUAACAAAAAUGUUGUUGCUUAGUAAAAAAUUCUUCUAAUAAUUUAUUUAAUCUGACUCAUUUAUGUCGGCAAUAAAGACAUAUAUUAUUAUACAUUUUAAAAUAGAAGACUUUAAAAUGAUAUUGCCAAUAUUUAUGAGUUGCGUUCCUGGGACGACUUUAUUGAAAGAUAGUUCAUUCGAUUACAUGAAAUCAACCCCAACUCAAGAAUAUCCGUCACAAAUAAAUCAUAACAUGUGAUCUAUCUUUAAAAAGAUAACCACAUGCAAUGGUGACAGUAAAAUUCUCGCGCUAGAGAUUCCAUAGUAAAUCACGAGGGAAAACCAGGAAAAAAGCCUCGUGAUACUAUCCCGACAUCGUAAGUAUUGGGUCUUACUUUAGUUUACUCUCAAAACUCGAUAUGUUAUUGACUUACUAAUCCUGGUAUUUUUUUCUAUUGACUUCCUCUUUUAGUAUGGGCAACCACAUCCUACUGCAUUCUACCGAGGAAUUUGCGACACAAUUGGUUUCAUUUAGCAUAAUUAGAGCCGCUUCUUUGAUUUUUCUCUUUUUACUAUGUGUUUCUUUCUUGUGAUUUACUAUGGAAUCUCUAGCGCGAGAAUUUUACUGUCACCAUUGCAUGUGGUUGUCUUUUUAAAGACAUCACAUGUUAUGAUUUAUUUGUGACGGAUAUUCUUGAGUUGGGGUUGAUUUCAUGUAAUCGAAUGAACUAUCUUUCAAUAAAGUCGUCCCAGGAACGCAACUGAUAAAUAUUGGCAAUAUCAUUUUAAAGUCUUCAACUUUAAAAUGUUUAAUAUAUAUCUGAAUUGCCGAUAUAAAUGAGUCAGAUUAAAUAAAUUAUUAGAAGAAUUUUUUUACUAAGCAACAACAUUUUUGUUUAAUUCAUUAAUAUUUUUUGUAUUUUGACAACAACACCCGAUUUGGGCGUCGAAACGUUAAUAAAAUAAUUUUUUUAGUAAAAUUGUGGCUUAUUUCCCAUCAAAACUAGUUAAUAAAUGGCUUAGGAGAGGUGGUAUUUUACUUUUUUUCGAUCAAUUUAAAUUUUAUCUUUUAUAAUGUGAUUCGAGUAAUCUUUUAUCGGGAUGGAUUCUUCUUCUUCGUGCGACUAAGAUUACUCCUGCUUGUCUGCCUCUUAUUCUGUUUCAGUUGUUGUUGACUGUACAUUGUCGUUCCACCUUUUCGGCGGACUUCCAACGGGUCUUCUGUUAUACGGCUUGUUGUUUUUACAGAUGUUCGCUAAUCUAUCUGGUCCCAUUCGGCUUACAUGUUCGCUCCAGUUUUUCUUUCUUGUUUUUAUCUACCUGUUAAUAUUUUGAAUUUUGCAUUGUUCGCGUAUACUCCUGUUGCUUUGUCUGUCUCUUAAGGAUAUGCCUGCUAUUGAUCUUAAUACUUUCAUUUCGAUAUUGUUGGUUUGUUGUUUCGUCUUUCUUGUAUCGCUCCUUGUCUUCGCUGCAUAUGUUAGGAUUGGUCUUACUAUUGUCUUGUAUACUUUCAUUUUGCUUUUCGUGGUCAGAUAUUUGUUUCUCUAUAUGGCUUCUCGGAAGCAACCCCUUACUCUUGCUGCUUUUGCUGAUUGCCUUGUGGUAUCUGUUCUUAUAUUCCUAUCACUAGUGAUCUCUACUCCUAGGUAAUUUAAUUUCAUUACUUGUUCUAUAAUUUUGCCGUCUAUUUCUAGUUUGCAUCUACGCGGUUCUUUACUGAUUACUAUAAUUUAGUUUUUUCUACUGAUAUUCUCAUAUUAAUUUUGUUUGAUGUGAUAUAGAAGGUGUGGAGCUGCCUUUGUAGGUCAUCCUCGUUAUCAGCAAUUAGUACUGCAUCAUCGGCAUAGCAUACCAUCGUGAUUUUAUGCUCUCCCAUGUGGUGUCCAUAUCGUUUCCUUACGUCGUGAAUUAUUUGAUUUAUCGCCAUAUUGAGUAACAAUGGACUGAGCGAGUCUCCUUGGCGGAUUCUUCCUUUUAGUUAUAUGCAUUCUGUUUGUCCUGUUGACAUUAUAACUCUGGUCUUGUUGUUCUUGUUAAUUUCAUUAAUUAUCCUUAUUAUCAGAUGGUCUAUUUGUUCAGCUUGUAAUAAACUUUCAUUUCGAGAUGAAUUUCGUCUCACCCUGUCAAAAGCACUUUUUAACUCGACAAAGCACAUGUAUGCUGGUUUUUCCAUAGUCAAUAGGCUUUUCUAUUAUUUGUCUGAUAAAAAUUGUAUGACUGCCGUCAACAAUUUUAAUGUACUAUUCAUCAGACUAAUGCCUCUAUAAUUUUCAUGAUUUUUCGAGUCUCCCUUUUUAAGUAUCGGUAACAGCAGACUUUUCUUCCAUUCCGCUGGUACUACUCCGAUAUUUUUUAUAUCGACGAAUAAUUUUAGGAGCCAUUUGAGUAGUGUUGUCCUCCAUAUUUUAGCAGUUCUUUGUUUAUCUUUAUCUUAUCAGGACCAGGUGCUCUUCUAUUUGUUAAUUUUUUUUAUUAGUUCUUGUAGCUCUUCUUCUGAUAUUAGUACUUUAUCGUGAGUUUCGUUAAUGUUUCUUUUCUGUUCUCUUCUUCUCCUUCUCCAUAUAAUUUCGUGAAAUGCUCAAUCCAUUGUUCCUUCGUAAUGUUAUCUAUACGUACAAAUUGAUUAAUUUCUGUUUUUGUCUCCUUUUCAUCAUCCACACCUUUUCUUGGGAUCCAUAGAGGUCGUAUUUCAUAUGUUUGGUAAAUUUCUCCCAGUGUUCUUUUUUGAUGUUAUCUAUUUCUUGGUUUACUCUAUUCCUGAUUUUUACGAAGUCUUCACGUGCCUCCGGUGUCUUCGCUCUUUUGUAUGUUAGGAAAACUUGUUUCUUUUGAUUUGCUAGUGCUUUUACCCUUUCGUCGUACCAUGGAGUUUUGUAUUCCCGUUUAUGUGGGAGUGGAUUGUAAUUGUAAAUCCCCAAAUUCCCAUAAUAUAGAUCGUUCCCUGUUAGUAUCUCACUAAUUUGUCAUUUAUAACAGUAGGUACUACUUGUCUAGUUUAGUUUUCUACUCUAGUCUAUUCAUUCAGGAACUUCAUAUUAUGGUGUAAGCCUUCAGGCUGAGCGUAUCAUUUUCAAUUUAAAUGACUUAGGUUUCUUAAAAUUUAGUAUUUAUCUUGUUAUAUACAAAAUAUGUGCAUGCUUCUAUGAGUGUUUUUUUUUCAGACGCUCCGUAACUUUGACCAUAGUAUCAGUUUAAAUCCAUUCGUUGUGUUCAUGUUCUUGUUCUUGUACCGUCAUAAACCAUUAUGACGGCAUGUAUUAUAUUAUUCAUAGUCUCUCCAUUCAUUUUAAUUGUUAACAAGUCAUUGAUUCAAAUUAUUUAGGUGUAAUUAAUGUAUUUAAAAUAGUUGUAAUUAAUUCAUAUAUAGUUUAACUAAUGUGUAUUGGAUUUCUUAAAACAAUAAGUUUGUUCUAGCAUGUAGUUUCUUAUGGUUUGGCACCAGAUAUUGUACUGCUUUACUGCGCAUGUUCAAUCCACAAACGGGUAGUAAACUAUAUUUUGCUAGAACGUUUUUUAUUGGAGAAAAUACCAACGUCAAAUGUGACUGGUUCAUGUUUGUUUUUAUCUAUAAUUUUGAGGUUAGAUUAGAAAUACACUUUUCUUAUAAGUAUCCAAAUUUUCAAGAUGUAUGCUAAAUAUUGAAAAUUAAUGUUAUAAGCGUAAAUAAUGACAAGAAAUAGUUAAAACAUAUUAAAAAAGAGUCCUGUGUUGCCGUGGGUAAUAUCCAGGCAUAUCUACAACAUCUUUACAACUUUUUUAUUAAUAUGUAACAUAACAUAACUGUUUGCAUUUAAAGGAUUUUACGCAAAACAUCUUGGUGGCUUAGGCAUGCUAUUUUUUGGCUUUUUAGUAACACUGAUGAUGGAUUUGUUAUGAUGAACGUUUUGUUUUAAUGUAACACUUAUUUAGGGUAUUUUAAAUAUACCUUUUACAAUAAAUCUAGUAUUUUUGUGAUUUAUGGUAUACAGCUUUGGUAUACCUACAUACUUUUGACAGCUUCAAGUCAGUUUCCAAAUCAAAAUUUACUUUCGUUAGAACGCUCGACUAGUGGUUUCAAACUUCAAACUAGUAAUUUGUGUGCUUGAACGCCAUCAAACAAAUGCGCAUGCUUCUGAUAAUUUCAAACCGUUUGAAACUGAUGCUAGAACAAACCUAAUAUUUCAUCUCUAUUGUACUAGGCUGUAAAAAUAAAUAGUUUUACCUGUUUUAUCUUUAA